GGGGGCGCUCCUCCUACGUCACAUGAGAAACAGGAGCCAAGAUGGCGUCCUCAGGAGUAACUGUACUAAAGCUGUUUUGUUUUGCAUCAUUUUCCUUGCAAAUUAGCUCCUCUCGGCUUUUAUCUGAACCUUGUUACAAACCCAUCAGAGACGGCAGACCCGAUACUGUCAGGUAAGUCACCGUAAAGAGUGUAUUUUUGACUCACGGUGAGAAAGUUUAUCGUUUUAUCCUGUUGUUUACCUGUAAAUGAGCUGAAGUUUCUCCUCUGUGUGAUUUAAAGUCCUGACAUGAAGGUAUCUGUAAGCUCUUAAUAAGGUUUUUACCUCACUGUAAGCUUGUUAACAGUUUCCCUGCGUGGUUGUUUUGGGUUAUUCCACUGUCGUCUGUGUUUCUGUGAAACAUGGAGAAGUAUCUUUAUCAAUACUGCACAGACUGUGUAAAUGAAAUGAGUUAAAUAGAGUGACCAAGAAACAAUAAAUACCCAUCAGCAGCUGAAAAGGCUACUAUUCAGAGCAACGUGAUAUUUUUUUUAUUAGAUAAAGAUUGUGUAGGAUUAAGAGGUAAAUGGAGCUCAUAAUUAGGCAGCCGUAUGCGCCUUGUCUGCAUGGUUUGCUUGUUAUUUUUUAUUUAUAUGAUUAAUAACUAGUAACGACUAACGAAUGGAUGAAAAAAAAAAUCUUAUUACCUAUUAACCUGUAUUUGCAUUCAGUAAAUGUACUUAGAGUAGACAUAGUUUGAUAAAGAGGGGCAUGAUAAUAGAAAACAUUGUCAUUGCAACCUCAUUGUUUCUUUCUGUGAUGUUAUUUCGAUGCAAAAAUUACAGGAAAUUAAACCAUACAAAUAUAUAAAUAUGUCUUUUCUCUGAACAUACAUACAAAUAAAAAUGAGCUCUAAUAUCUUUUAUUCAUUCACUCCAAUUAGAGUAAACUGUUAUUUUUGCCACACUUGUUUUAGCAUUAAACCUGCAAUUCUGACCCUGAAGGCCUGCAGGAUAUGAAGAAAAACACGCCAUGUGUUAAUACUGUAAUAUCAGUAAGAUAUGUGGUAAAUAUACAAAGCUAAAAAAAGUACCAAAAAAGUACAUUUUAGCCAAGAUGCCUGCCUGUUGCUCCUUAUGUUUUACACACUGCCUCCAUUUGCAAAAGGUUCCUACUGGAUCCAAAAAAGCAAGUUUUUCAUCAUCAAUAGAUGGAAGGUAAAGCUAAAUUUGACUGGAUUAAAGUGGUUAAAUAGAUCGGCCACAAUAUCCCAGCUUUCAUCCAACAGGUAAAAUGUAACAGGUGGAAGGUGCCGGGGGAGGAAGCACUGAUUGUAUAUUGAUGAUUUUUUUAUUUCAUAGUGUCACUGAAAGGAGCAACAAGUUUUAGAAUUCAAAAAUGUAAAGUGAACUAAAGAGAACUCUCAAAGUAGAACACCAAGACUUUAGAGAAUUUAUUUUGGAUGAAACUAGUGAAUAAAAGAACUAACCACUCAAUCAAGUUGAACAAAAGGACAAAGCUGGCUAACAAAGAAUUGGAAGGAGUGAAUUCAGGGAACUCAAAGGCCAAAGUGAAAAACAAAAACCCCAAAUUUAACUACAAAAGAACACCCCUGACCUGUCUGUACCAAAAUCAAAAUCCAAUUCUAAACUCCCUGACUCACCACAAAACAGGAGGAAACCAAGGUCAAACGGCAGAGAUUCCCUUACCCUUCCUCCAUCUUUAACUAAAAUGUUCUGCCUGAAUCAAAUCUCACAAAAUACACAUACAGCACAGCACAGCACAGCACAGCACAGCACAGCACAGCACUGCUCAGGAGUGGAACAAAAGAGAGACUGAAGCUGUGGUUUGAGGGUCUUUAGUAACCUCUCAGAUUAGGCUGAUCAGCCUCAGCUGCUCAGAGUCCUGAGGUGUGGCAGAAUGGAGAGGGGGAGGUGUGGAAGUCCUGCAACACAAACACAAAGAAAUAAAGUUCACCCUAACCCCUGACGGCUGUAACACUCAGGAAAUUAAGAAUUUUGCAAAUUCUGUUAUUAUAAAAUCAGCGAAUUUGUGAUUUAUUUAUCACUCAAUAAGUUUUUACUUUUAUUGCUAUAUGAUUCAGUCGUGCUGUCGAACUGUGCUCUAAUAGCUCAUGCCCCCUGGAUUUACACUUAAAUCUGGCCCUGUGCUAAAAACCUUGAAAUUGCUGCUGACACGGCUUUUAUACUUGACCUCCAGGUAAAAGCAGUCAUGAAAAAAAAGCAGUUUCAGCCCAGAGCCGUUCCAAGAUUAAAACCCAUUCCUCCAUUCAGAGACUUAGAAAAAGUAAUUCACACUUUCAUCUCUCCUCAGCUUGAUCAUUGUAACUCUGUGUGUGCUGUUGGCCAGUCGACCCUGUCUGGAGCUAAACGCUGCAGCCGGGUUUCUGACUCAUUCCAGGAAGAGAAAUGAUAAUAGUUCCCAGUUUGCUUCAGGAUUGACUGACCUCCUGAGCCCUGUCAAAGCCUCCGGUCUCCUCAGAUCAUCUGACACAGGCUAUUUGGCUUUCCCCUGAUUAAAUCUUAAACUUAGAAGUGACUGCGCUUUCACAGGGAAAGCUCCUGGAUCAGGUCUCCCCCCUCUGUGUGGACUACUUCAAGUUUUGCAUCAAAGCGUUCUUGUAUAUGGCAGCAUUUGAGUCUCUCUAUCUCUUUUUCAUGUCUUAAUCCGUCUUUUUCUGUGUUACUUGUCUUAUAUAGUGUUUAUCUUAUUGAUUGUGCAGCUUCUCAGUCAGCAGAUGCUGCAUUUAAAUGUGAUUUAUGAAUAAAAAUAUCACCUGACUGGAGGAUUUUCUAAUGAUAGAUUGCUUCGUAUAUGACUGUCUGACUGCUCUUGUACAUCAACUCGAUUUUCCCGUCACUUAUUCCAGGACUUACCCUCGCCCACACGAGUAUGUGAAGGUAUCGGACCUUCCUCCGUCCUGGGACUGGAGGAACAUCAAGGGGAAGAACUAUGUGAGCGUCACACGGAACCAGCACAUCCCCCAGUACUGCGGGUCCUGCUGGGCCAUGGGAGCCACUAGUGCGCUAGCUGGUAACCAUGGCAACUGAAGGAGGGAGGGAUGCAGAUAAAAGAACAGAAAGAAGUCUCUGAUUUUCAUUAAGUCUCUUAUCAUCUCUUAUUUUUUUGACAAUAUUUUAGACCGUAUCAAUAUCAAGCGUGAUGGAGCGUGGCCGUCAGCAUACCUGUCGGUCCAGAACGUGAUCGACUGCGGGAAGGCGGGCUCUUGUUUUGGAGGAGACCACCUGAGAGUGUACGCCUACGCACACCAGAAGGGUAUCCCUGAUGAAACCUGCAACAACUACCAGGCCAAAAACCAAAGUAAGACCUGUUUCUUUCUUUCUUUGUUUUUGCUGUUAAAUCCACACUAUCAGUCCAAAAGUAUCUGGACAGCCCUUACACAUUUGAGUGGGUGGUGCUGGAGCCUUUUCUUCCAAGAGCAAUUCAAUCACUCUAUCAUCUUUUUCAACUCGAGGGUGUAACUGAAGUCCUCCAAUGUUUUUUCUUUUAACAUUCAGGUUUAGAAGAGCUUUUAGACUUUUGCAGCCAAAAAAACAAAGACUGACCUCGCUCAUGCACUUGUAGCAGAAAUGGUACGAAUCUCUGCAGCAGAAACAACCAUCGUAGAAAUCAUUUUGAAGCAGAGAUCAGAACACAGUACUCAACAAUAGUCAGAAAAAGAUGACAACCAUUCACUGAUGAUACCUUUGACUGACCAUCACAGCAGGAUGAAUUGGGUUGUCAUAAAUCAAUGCUCAUGGACUGCUUUCUCCACAGGGGGUGCCAAACCUAACAUAAAACCAAAAGUUCCUCAUAGGAACUUAAAUGAAAUUAAUAUGAGUGCCUUUUUAUGAUUUUCUAGAGCCAACAAGACCAUCAGUGACAAGACUGUUUUUAUGUUGUAAUUUCUAAUUCCUUAAACUGAUGCGAGACGGUAGAUCUCAUUUAAGCAGCUGAAGAAACAUAAAAUAUUCAUAAUAAACAAUCCUAAAGGUCCUUACACACCGGGACGAAAUAUUAGGAGACGAAUUUUGACAAGACCUAAUGGUGCUGUGACAGCAACGUGAUUGAGUUUGAGACAGUGAAAAUACAUAUGGUAUGUUGUAUCUGAACAGGUUAGCUUACGAGCUAAAGUUACUUAGCAAAGAUGAAAGUUAAAACAAAGACGUUUAGCAAACUGUUAAAGCACACAAACCAUCAUCAUAUGAGAAAUCCGACGCUAUGACUCUCCACAAGUUGUCCUUCAGGUCGUUAUCUUUGUAAUAUUUGUGUCUUUUAUCAAAAAGCACUCUGUUCUCUGACACGUUAACAAUAGGCUGGUCGGCCAUGUUGGAUAUACCGGUAAAUCUGACGUCGCAACAACACGCAAUCUGAUUGGUCAGAAGUGGACACACAGUAUGUGAAACCUUAGAAAAAUUUACCGUGAAACGAAAAAAGAAAUGCCGCAGUAUCGCAGGACGGGAAAAUGUCGCUGAUGUGAACGCUUGUAUUGACAGGAUACGGGUUCGAAAAAAAAUAUUGACGUCCAAAAUAAUCGCAUGAAAAAAACGCUCCCGGUGUGUAAGGACCUUGAGUCAGCAGGAUUAGAAUUUUUUACAUAGAUGACAAAGGGGAGGCGCCAAUCUGAAAGUUCCCUACAGGAGCUUUAAGUUUCUUUUUCACUGGCAGCUUUUUGUUUUACUUCUUUGCAUAAAUAACACUAAACAGCAGAUCAGGUCAUUUGUAUUAAUGGAAUAUUAACUAAAUAUUUGGAAAUGUAUGAGACUAGUUGCACAUGACUGCAAACUCUAUGCUGACUCUAUUGUCAUAAAUUUAUCAGUACAGUCUUUGUUGUGUAAAUCCUGUAAAUAAUUCCCUCUCUAAUCUCUUUUCCAGAGUGUGUGGAGUUCAACCAGUGUGGCACAUGCUCCUUCUUUGAAUCAUGCGCCAUCGUUCAAAACUACACCGUGUGGAAAGUGGGCGAUUAUGGAGAAGUUUCAGGAAGAGACAAGAUGAAAGCUGAGCUUUACACCAACGGGCCCAUCAGGUAGAGUAAGUCAUCCUCCACAGUCGGUUUUAAUCAUCCAUCCACCCACACCCUCCAAGCGAAGUAGCCUUAACUUUCCCACCGAGCGCUUUUUCAUCUAAUGACAUCUUCAUUAGCAGAAAAGGCCUUUAAUCAUUUAAAACUGUGGAAAAACUUAAAAGCUCUGUGUAAUUUAGUUUCAGCCAAAUGAGUCCUAAUGUUAUGGGAAUUUCAUCAAUUUAAAGCCUUGAAAUAUUCAUCUUAUAUCCAACUGCCUGUCCUCUUUACAUGAGGUAUUAGUCUUUUAUAAAAGUUCUGCUUUUGGCAGCUUUUAUUGUCUUUUAAUGUAUUCCAUAAAGAAUUCACGAGGUCUGUAAAAGUCUUCGCCUUGCUUUUCUAAAACCUGCAGCCCAAACUUUUCGAAAACUUUUCAUCAGGGGAUGUCUGAUAUUUAAGGUUGUUUAAGAACUGAACUGAUCUGGUAAAGGUUGAAGUGUCUCCUGUUUUAAUCUGGAUCCAAGCGUAAAGACGAGUUUACCAUAUCCAAGAAAACGUACUCAAAACAUAAAAGGCCUGCGCUUUUGAUUUGUCACUUUUUAUGACGGCUCACCACAGCCAAGUCUCAACGGAACAGAUGGGAUUUCUGCAAGAGCCACUAAGAUUCAUGCAAGGAUACUGAAGAGCUGUGCACUCCAGUUGAUCAGCCGCGCACACAUAUCAUCUGCACAGGCAGUAUGUAGUUUUGAGCGCGUGCAGAUGUGGACUCAGCUUGUGAUUGGUUGAACAUGAUUGGCUCCAGAUACAUUCCCUUUCUUCUGUGAUUGGACUGAUUGAUGAGAGCAGUCAAACGUCACACACCUGUCACUCUCCUGUCACUCUCCUGUCAUUUAAACUAAUAGACUAAAAUGUUCCUACAGUGAUAAAAGAGAAAGCUUCUGAGCCUCAGGGCUGAAAGCAGAGAGUCACUAAUGUGUUAAUGGCACUUUUAUGGUCACAUCUCAUUUAUAUCAGUGACAUCCAGUCUAACAAAGCGUAAACAAAUAACCAUCCUCAUCUCAGGGCUCACUGACCAGCACAACAGAAAAACGACUCAUGAGCAGGCAGAGGCUUCAGGAGCAGAAGAGCUUCUGAGUGCACCUCUCUGCUGCAGCUCUUCAACAUCUCCAAGGCUUGCACUUAAAAACUCUGGUGUUCUAGUGAGAUUCAGCGGGGACGUGCCGACAUAGAUUCUGAUCUACUCUACACCGGAGAGGGAUUUACUCCCCCCUACAGACCCAGAGAGCACAUUAUAGGGAUGCAAGAACACAUUACGCUUUAUUACAAGUUGAUUAGACACAAAUGGUAGCAAACAUUUAAGUGUUACGAUCUAUUUCUGCUGAUUGAUCAUGCUCACACUGACAUCAUGUUCAGGAUUGAAAGCUUGGCUGCCUUUUAAUCUAGUCCAGGGUUUUAGGUAGUCUAGUUUUAGGAUUUCAGAUUAUUUUAUUGGAUUCUUCUGCAGCAAACAGAGAAAAUGUGAGUAUGAUGUAUGGACGCCCUCCAACCUCACACAUCUGUCAAGGUAGAAUCAUUGAAAAACAGGAUUACAUUAGAGCUCCAGGGAGGAACUGUGGGUUCGUGUUGUUUUUGCACCCUCUUGUGGACAGAGCAAUAUCUGUUAACCCUGAGCGUCAUCGUCCUGUACAUGCAGGUUUACCUGUUUUUGGUUUGACGCCCCUCAAAGGAGCUUUAAGUUAUGAUAUGAGUCGUUUAGCUGUAGAUUCCAUGGGGAGGAAGGCUGCUCUUCUUCUCAUCUCGCUGCAGAUUCUGAGCUGAAAACUUAAUGAAACUUUGCGAUGAAGACCUCACGCUGCAUGAGACAUGUUUGAAUUAUAACUACAGAGUUCUGCUCUGAUUUUACAGCUGAAAAAGAAAGAUAAAAAUGUGAUUCCUUAGAAAUCCUCUUUGAGUGUGAUUUUGCUUCACUUUACUGAAGGACCCCUCUCAAUGUGUCUCUUAGCUGUGCUCUGAUGGCCACAGACGGCCUUGAGAAAUACUCUGCAGGGAUCUUCGGAGAGUUUCACCUUCUGUCUCUGCCCAAUCACAUCGUGUCUGUGGCUGGUUGGGGUGUGGCCAGUGAUGGGACAGAAUACUGGAUCGUCAGGAACUCCUGGGGAGAGUUUUGGGUGAGUCUUUUUCUGUCUUUCUGCACCACACCCUGCAGCGCGGCCUAUCCUCAGUCUGACAUAAACGAGCUCUGCAGCCAAAAUACACACUAUGUAGUCCUGCAGAGGUCAUGAAUCCACUCUGGUAUACAUUUUCCUUGGACUGUGUUCAGAAACAAAAGUUUUAUGGAAGAACAGCCUGUGUUUUUCCACUGACAUUGAGUUUCUUGCACACAGAGUAAAUACUGUCUUAUCUGUUUUGUUUUCAGGGAGAGCACGGCUGGGCGAGGAUAGUCACCAGCGCUUAUAAAGGAGGGAAAGGAAACUUUUACAACCUGGGUAUCGAAAACAACUGUGCGUAUGCAGACCCUAUUGUAACAUAAAUGCCAAAAUAAAGUGAUAAAAACAAACAAC